UUAAGUUUCUAUACACCUGUCUCUUCCCCGCACGCUAGACACAAUGAAGGAGGCUCAGGGAGCCUGCGCUCCGACUGCACCUGUAUCCCAGGGUACCCUAGACAAGGUGUUGCAAGAGGUGGAUCGCAUCGCGCAGACGUUUACUAUUGACAGAGAAUCUCUUCAACGCAUAACUGAUCACUUUGUGAAAGAGCUUGAAAGAGGCCUCGGCAAUGAAGAUGGUGAUAUUCCUAUGAACGUAACAUGGGUCAUGAACCAGCCGACUGGCUAUGAAACUGGGCAGUUUUUGACCGUAGACUUCGGCGGCACGAAUCUGCGCGUCUGCAACGUGACCCUGACCGAGGAAAAAGGAGGGUGCGAAUUAACACAGCACAAAUUCAAACUCUCAAAACACAUGCGAAAAUGCACUGCAGAUGAGCUGUGGGGCUUCAUUGCAGACCGAAUCAACGACUUCAUCCAAGAGCACAAUCUCAGACCGCACAACUCUGAAAAACUCCCCUUGGCCUUCACAUUCUCAUAUCCAGUGACCCAAGAUAAUAUCAGACACGGUGUCCUCCAACGCUGGACAAAGGGAUGGGACAUCUCCGGUGUGGAAGGACACGACGUGGUAGCACAGCUGGAGCAGGCUCUGGAGCAAAGGAAUAUUCCUGUGCAUAUCGUGGCACUAGUCAACGACACCACCGGAGCACUUAUCGCCUCCGCCUACAGAGACCCCGAGGUGAAGGUUGGCAGCAUUUUAGGAACUGGCUGCAACGCCGCCUACAUGGAAAAAUGCGGGCGCAUCCCCAAGAUCGCCUCGCACAACCUGCCCGCGGACCAGCUGGUCGGCAUUAAUACCGAAUACGGCGCCUUCGACAACAGCCACCAAGUCCUGCCACGCUGCGACUUCGACCUCGAGAUCGAUCGCGCCUCUCCCCGCCCAGGCCAGCAGACGUACGAGAAGAUGGUGGCCGGGCUCUACACGGGGGAGCUGUUCCGGCUGAUCAUUGUGCAUCUGCACGAUACGGUAGGCUUUCUGGAAGGAUGCGAUCUCCGCCGCCUCCGCGACGUCCAUGCCAUGGAAUCGUCGGUCCUGUCGCGCAUGGAGGAGGAGAACGCCACCCCCGAAAGCACCAUGGUCGAGACCCGCACGAUGCUCAAGCAGGAGUUCGGCAUCGAGCCCACGCUCGAGGAGCUAAAGAUCUGUUGCUUGCUGGCGGAAAUCGUGUGCAUGCGGGCCGCGCGUCUCUACGCCUGCGGCAUCGCGGCCAUCUGCAAGAAGGAAGGCGUCACGCGGGGUCGCGUGGGUGUGGACGGGUCGGCGUUCAGCAAGAACUACAAGUUCAAGGAGCGCGCGGCUGCGGCUCUCCGGGAGAUUUUGGAGUGGCCGGCUGAGGAGGAGGACUUGAUUACUUUUGUCCCGGCGGAGGAUGGCUCGGGGAUCGGAGCUGCGUUGAUUGCGGCGCUGACGGUGGGCAAUCAUUAAGGGUGGGUUUGGUGGUGUCACGAGUAAUGACUGCAAGCGG